AUGGAUACCUAUAACAGGUGGCUAUUUGCCUUUUUAUUCCUAUUCACAGCAUCAAAUUAUGAAUGUUUAAGGAAACCUUCAGCUGGCUCAAUACUAUUUGCGGCUGCACAGGAUAAGCCUACCUUCACAACGGCUCAGUUUUCGAACAUUACGCAUCGAACCUUUGUUUGCGACCGAUUCGCGUCAUAUGCCAAUGGCACAACCGAUAUUCGGGAUUUAUUGGAAGGUUUAGAGCUGAGUGUUGGCAUUGUGGAUCAAGGAAACGACAUUUUCUUUCGGCUGAAUCGUAGCGACCCAGACCCAAACAAUUGGUUCAUCAACGAGGACGAUCCUGGAAUUUUUGUCAAAAUCCUUGAUGAGCUGGCGUUUAGAGGGAAAUUUACAUGGCGCAAUUCGUUUGCUUUUGUGCAACCUCCCCGUACACUGGACAUCAACCCUGCCACUGGAUCGAACUUUACUUGGACAGAUGUCUUGCUUGACGCUGUGACGCGGUACGACUUUUCAUUUGCGGAAUGGGUGCACAAUCAAGAACGAAGGCGUUUGGGUAUUUCCUUUCCUGUUGGUUGGUUUGAUGCCUCGACUAUUCUAGUUCAGAAUUCAGUGGAAAAGGUUGCCGAGUUUGAGUACACUGCCUUUUUGCGUCCCUUCAGUACAGAAGUCUGGUACUUAAUCUGUGCAGUCAUUUUCUUCAGUGGUAUCAUGUACUGGAUGAUUGACAAGGUUGAAUAUCCCGACGACAAGAUCAACACUGUGGUCUAUGAUACCUUUUUGACCACACUGACUUUUACGCAGCAUCACCAGUAUUGGGAUCCUUCGACUCAUGGGAAGCGUAUUUUUGGAUAUUCGGCUGCAUUUUGGGCGCUGAUUUUGGCAUCUGGGUACACAGCCAAUCUUGCCUCAUUUCUGGUGGCCCAGCAGAGACCUGUCCUUUUGGCAGAAACUUUGGAAGAGGUACAGCAAAAACAAUUGCCCCUGUGUGUCCGGGCUGGAGCAGCUGUGUACGGUCAAGUCAGUCGCGCCUUUGACAAGGUUGACUUCCGGCCGGAAAAUGACUUUGAAGCAGUGUACUCUAGUUUGAGAGCAGGGCGUUGCGAUUUGAUGGCGUCAAGAGCAGCCGACUUUGAUGCUUUCAAGAACGACAACAGCAAGAAUCCCGACUGUAGUUUGGAAUGGGUUGGCCGUGCCCAAUUUGUCAAUAAGGGUGGACCAGGAACUUUGGUCGACACAUCCAUCUAUUGUACUUCCGUCGUCAGGCAUGUCCUGGACGUCCACAUGCACGAAAUGAUCUCCGAAGGAAGGCUUGACUUCUUGUGGAAGGACCACUUGAGAAGUCUGGAUAACUACCAAAUUUGUGCAGCUAGUACACUGGACGAUGUUCAGGGUUUGGAUGGAGAUUACUCUCUCCAAGUCACGGAUGUGGGUGGGGUCUUUGUAUUCCAUGGAAUCUUGAUUUUUAUUUCCAUCGUGGUCACACUUAUCGAAUCGCCGUGGCGCCGAAAGCGCCAUCGCAAGAAGGCUGCUCGUGCUGCUGAGGAUGAUGUAGUGUACGAGGAGAAGGUGCGGCCUUCCAUGGAAAGUCUUUCCAAGAUGAGAUCCAUGAAGAACUUGGUUGGUGCGGAAAUGUCCAAUUUCUAUCAAGUGUACUCUGACAAGGACGAUAGUUACGCGCUAACGGCGACAGACAAGAUUCACGACUCCAUUCGACUGGACGAGUCCUUCCAAAUUCCACCCGAUGGUCUUUUGCGCUACAUUCAAACGAUGCAAGCCACAAUAAAUACAGUACAGAUGCAGGUGGAAGCAGUACAGAUGCGCAAGUUGCAAGGAGAGGAUGGAAUGGACAAUCCAGACGAAACCAAGAAGCUGAAUUCACGAUUGUCCAUCAUUGAGGAUGAAAAUGAGGAUGGCCCCACUGCAGAUGAUGAUACGCCGCCGAAUGAGGACGAUCUAUCCAGUGGUGGGAAUCCAAACGAGGGGAAAUGA